AUGCGAUUCAGCUCUUCGAGAACUGCUGCUUCCUUUGCGCAGUCGAGUCAUGUAAGUGGACAACCUAGCUCUUCUGGACUUCAUUAUAAGAAAGAUGGUACUUUGGACAUGAGAUAUGCGUCUUCUAAAAAUGCUAUGACUAGUUAUAUAUCGGGGUGCACAUUUUUCGAUCAUGGAAUACCAAAACACAUUCCAGUCACUAAAGCUGGUAUUCCAGAUAUGAGAACAACAGCUGCUAAAGAAUGGGUUAAAGAGCAAGCCCAAACUGAAAUGGAUGAUAUUCCUUCCUGGAUACCCAAAACUAAAGAUGGUUCUCUCGAUUUUUCAAAACCAGUAACACAGGAAUAUGUAAAAUGGAAGAAUACGGCAUCAACAAAUUAUGUUCCAGAUCAACGAUUAGCUUAUUAUUGUCAAAAACUAGAAGACAUGCCGUUUCGAAGACUUGUAGAAGAUGCUAGAGUGGAUGCUGUCGAGAUGCCUCAAUAUGAAAUAUUACCUGAAACACAGGAAAUUCAACGUCACUUUUCCUCUCAACCGAUGAGAAAUUCUACUGCACAAGAUGAUGUCGAAAUUUCUCAAGAUGAAAUGUUACCUGAAACACAAGAAAUUCAACGUCACUUUUCUUCUCGACCAGUGAAAAGUUCUAUUAGACGAUGUGAUGAAUAUGACAUACGCAGCGAAAUUUCCGAAUCAAUUCCAGUUAUUAAUUAUAGAGAUUUGAAUAUUAAUCCAGACGAUAAAUUAGGUCAAGGUUCAUUUGGUAUUGUAUAUAAGGGUACAUGGAAUGACCAAACUGUAGCAGUAAAAGUGUUAGGAUCCUGGAGAGAUCCUAAGACGGAAGAAGACAGCCCGGUAGUGUAA